CUGGCCGAAAAUCGACCGGACGCGGCCGAGACCGCUUUCCUGGCCGCCGGCGAUACGAUCCUCGACGACCGCAGGGCCCGCCGAGCUUUGGCCUCGCUCUACCAACAUUCAGACCGGGCCGCCGAUGCGAUUCGGAUCCUUCGUCGGCUGAUCGCCAGGCAUCCCGACGAUGUCGAGCUCAGACGCAGUCUCGCCCACACCCUCUUCGCGGACGGCAAGGUCGAAGAAGCGAUCGGCGAGCUGAGGGAAAGCUACGUCGCGCGCCCCGAAGACCCUGAGGCGGCGUUUAUUCUCGCCACGGCCUAUCUCAAGGCAGAGCGACCGGAAGAGGCGGAAGCACUGUUUCAAGAGAUCGUGAAAGCGCGACCGAUCCCCCAAACCCAUCUCCUGCUCGGUCGGACCCUCAGGGAUUUCAAACAGCUGGAGGCCGCGCAGGUCCAUCUGGAAAAGGCCCUGGACCUGGAUCCGAAUCUGCCCCGAGCCCGCUUCUACUUGGGCACCCUCGCCCUGUACUCCCAGGGCCGAACGCCCUACGAAGAGGCCGUCCGGCUCUUCGAGCACGAGCUUCGACUGUUGGCCGAGCUGGGUCGAGAUCCCGAUGCCGACACCACCACCCAUCUCUUUCUCGGUCUGACACUCGCGGAAAUCCGGAGAUUCGAGGAAGCCAUUCCCCACCUGCGCAUCGCGGCCGGGGAUCCCGCUUCGUCUCGGGACGCCUUCCACAACCUUGGGCGCUGUCUGCUCGAGCUGGAUCGAAUCGAUGAGUCGAUCGCGGCCUUUGAGCAGGCCCUCACCCUGGCGGAAGGGGCUGCUUUCGAUCAGCUCACCAGUCUGCACUAUCAAUUCGCCAAGGCCUUGCGUCGUCAGGGCCGAAUGGACCAAGCCAAGGUGCACUUUGAAGCGGCCAAGCAAUCGUCCGGCAACUUGGCCCUCGACAACCGGGAGCAGCUCAAAAGAUAUCUGGCGGAUCGACCGGAAACCGAGGUCGGCACCGCUUUACCCCAGCUGACCACACCGGAGCUGCGCCAAAUGCCGACGGCGGAGCGACAAAAGCUGAAGAGAAGCCUG